AUGCUGCAGGAACAGCACAAAAAGAGAUUCAGUCUAUUUUCAGAAGAUCAGAACAACAACCUCGAGGCUAAGGCUACUGCCAAACUGGACGACAUCGUCAGGCGAAUCGACAAGACGACAUACGUCUUACAGAAGACUGUACCCAAUGGAUUUCCAGACCAGAUAGAUCUCCUCAGGGCUGAGGUCGAUGAUUUCAACGAAGAACAACAGCACGUGAGAAUGAGACACAACAUACUACGCAGUCUGAAAUUUGAUCAAAUCAAGGCGAGGCAGGAAGCAAUCAAGGAAAGACAGAGCGACGUUUGGCUGGGUUUUCAGCCAUGA